AUGGCGGAGACCGACGCUAGCGCCAGGACAAGCGAGCCCGCGCAAGCGACAGCGCCGGUCAUGGCUACGGAAACGGCGGCUGGGACCGUGCCGACGCCGAUGGCGGAGGAGGGGGCGGUGCCUACACCUGGUCUCGAUUAUAAGAGGAAGCUUGGCGGGAAAGAAGGGGAGGAGGCGAUGCUGCCGAUGGACGCGGAGCAGGGUCGGGCGGGGGUGGGAGGAGAAGGGGAGGAGGAGACGGCGGAGACAGGGUCCAGGCGGCCGCACGGGGACGGCGAGGGCAACGGGUCAGGUAUUACUCAAACUGAAGUGCAUGAACCUGAAACAUCAGAAGUGGUGAACGGGGAGGUUCCUGUCGAUGAAAGCAUGCUGUGCAGCUCUGAGGUAGAUGGUCCAAAAGAAUGUUCAGAACUUCCUCAAGAAGAUGAUGUGCCCUCACCAGAACAGCAGAGUGAUGAGGCGCUUACCCAAGAAGUGACGCGAAAAACUGAAAUUCCUCAAAGCAAGGUUGAUGUAGGUGAUUCAUCUACACUCGCUGCUAGAAGUUUUGGGACUCCACAAUCUGGUGCUGAGCAAGUGGACAUCCAUGUCCCAAAUGACAAGGCUGAGUUGGUCAUUGGGGAGGGAGGUGAGACCAUUAAGGCUCUAAAAACUAAGUCCGGGGCUGACACUCAGUUAAUCCCGGGACAUCUCCCUGAAGGUGAUCUUUGCACAGAAAGAAAAAUACGACUUACUGGGAAUUGGAAUCAAAUAGAGAUUGCAAGAACAAUGGUCCUGGAACUCAUCAGUCAGUUUCCAAGAUCCAGUUCACAGAUGGGUGGGCACAAGCCUGGUAGAGCGCCUCAAUGGGGUUCUAACAAUGGUCAUGACUACCCGGGAGGUAUGUAUUAUCAGAACCCACAGUACCUUCUUGAUGGUGUAUAUUCUGAGCAGACUGCAUCAAGAGGUGGCAUGGAUACUGGCUGGAACCAAAUGUCAGGCGGCGGUACAGGUCAGGCACCUUAUCAGGGUGGUUGUUAUGACUAUUAUGCCUCUUACAACACAUACUCAGCUAGAGGUCCUCCCAGUGGCGUUCAAGCUCCAAUGUAUGACUCAGUUAGAGGUCCUACUGGUGCUCAAGCUCCAAUACACUACGGCAACUGGAGCCCGCAAGCACCUGUUGGUUAUACUAGCAGUUACCGACACUCUGCCCCGGGCCAACUUACAUGUGCGCAAGGGUAUAAUGGGCAGUUCCAUGGGCAGCAGUCAGUGAAUUCUCAGACAGCAUACCAGUCUUACCCUCCACAGCAAGAUCCCUACGGAAAGUCUGCUUUUGGUGGAGCUCAGCAAGGCAAUGGCAUUCCUAUGCCAGGCACAAACUACCGAGGACCAACUCCAGCCCAGCAGCCAUAUGCAUUAUAG